UGCCCGCAACCAUGUCGCCAUUUUGAUUCGAAAAAUAUGACUGAGUUUUUCCUGCUUUGCGUGCUAAACUUAGCCCCGCGUUUGAAUUACUUUGUGUGCGAGUACGUAUCAUACACUUUGCAUUUGAAAUAACUCGGAUUGUUAUUAACACCACGUAGUCAUUCACGCGGGGGAACAGCUUAUUUUGUAGUCUUCUUAGCCACAUUUGACUAUCGUUAGCUAAGUUGAGCUAGCUAACGGCGGUCUGUGCUGUCGCAGACUGACCCCUUCUUCAAAACAAAUCACUAUUCGCUCACAGGCUAACGUAUGUUAGCUCAUACGGCUAGCUAACAGUAGCUGGACAGCUAGUGAUUUAGUAGCUGGCUGCUUAACGAAAAACAGCAACAACUCGGAUCACACGGAAUUACUCGCAGCGGACAUUCAACCAAAGGGUAUGGUGAGCCUCUCAGCGACCCGUCUCCUAAAGAGGCCCGCGUUUUAAAAGGAGACCCAUGCUGAUAAAUGCCAGGCCUCGCCACACUCUCUGUCGUCUGCACAAACACAAAUGCCUGCCUGCCCGUGGGGGAGGUCUGAUUAAAGAUAUCCACAUUUCAUCCACUGCUUGGAGCCCCUGCUUCCUCAUCCCAACCUUUCACUCUUAACUGUCCUACUCCUCUCUCCUCGCUCUGUCGGCCCAGGGCUGUGUCCCCCCUCCCAGCGGCCACCAUGUUUUGGAAGUUUGACCUGCACACCACCUCCCACAUUGACCAGCUGCUGGACAGGGAGGACGUGACGCUGAGAGAGCUGAUGGAGGAGGAUGACGUCCUGCAGGAGUGCAAGGCCCAAAACCGUCGGCUGCUCCUCUUCCUUUCCCAGGACCACUGCAUGCAGGAGCUGGUCAGCCUCAUCACCACAGAGCCACCUGCUGAUCUGGAGGAGCGAAGCCGCUUUAAGUUUCCCAAUGUUGCUUGUGAGCUUCUGACCUCAGAUGUUUCCAUUAUAAACGAUAAGCUGGGUGGAGACGAGUCUCUCCUCGAGAUGCUCUACCACUUCCUGGAACAGGACCCACCUCUCAAUCCUCUACUAGCCAGCUUCUUCAGCAAAACCAUCGGCAAUCUCAUUGCCAGGAAAACCGAACAGGUUAUUACCUUUUUAAAGAAAAAAGAAGGCUUUAUUGGUCUGGUGCUGAAACACAUUGACGCCUCUGCCAUGAUGGACCUGCUGCUUCGCCUCAUCAGUUGUGUGGAGCCUGCCCCUUUGAGACAGGAUGUUCUGCAUUGGUUAAACGAGGAAACGUUGGUUCAGAGACUCACAGAGCUCAUCCAUGCUGGCAAAGAUGAGGAGAGACAAUCAAAUGCGUCCCAAACGCUGUGUGACAUCAUCCGCCUUAGCCGAGAUCAGGCCAGUCAGAUGCAGGAGAACGUAGAAGCCGACCCACUAUUGGCUGUGCUAGAAUCGCAGGAGAGCGUGGCGGGGCUUCUCAAGAACAUGUUUGAGGGGGAGAGGAGCGAGGCCUCCAUCGUUAAUGGAACUCAAGUGCUACUUACCUUACUGGAGACCAGGAGGUCUGGGUUGGAAGGGCUGAUGGAUCUGUAUUCUCAGGGUUAUGAAAGGUCUUACACUGUCAACAGCAGUAUUUUAAAUGCCAUUGAGCCCCAUUUAAAGGACUUCCAGCAGCUUCUUCAGGAUCCCCCCAAGAAAAGUGCAAUAUUGACGACCUUUGGCCUUCUAGAUCAGCCACUGGGGAAUGCUCGCCUUCAUGUGGCCCGGCUGGUGGCUGCCCUGCUCCAGACCAAUGCACCCAAUAUCUGCCAGGAGCUCUGUAACCUGGCCACCAUGGACCUGCUACUGGAUCUGUUCUUCAAAUACUCCUGGAAUAACUUUUUGCACUUCCAAGUGGAGCUGUGUGUGGCCUCUAUCCUGAACCAUCCUUCCUCAGAGGAGCGGCCAGGCCUAGGCCUGCAGAACCACGAAGAGAGCGCUACAGCGUCCAGCCCUCAGGCGCAAGAGGAGGACGCGACAACGGAUGGGACGAGCGACCCACAGACCUGCAUCCACGGUGCGCUCGUGGCACAUCUCUUCCAGAAGUGUCGACUGCUUCAAAGGAUCCUUGAUGCCUGGGAGGAGAACGAUAGAAUACAGGCUGAUGGUGGUACCAGGAGAGGCAACAUGGGUCACCUGACUAGAAUAGCCAACAUGGUGGUCCAGAACCUGGAGAAAGGACCAGUACAGACCCAGAUCUCUGACCUCAUCAGAGAGCUGCCAGAAGACUGCAGAGGUCGCUGGGAGAGCUUUGUGGACGAGACCCUGAGAGAAACUAACAGGAGGAAUACCGUAGAACUGGUAAGCACUCACAAUAUGCACUCGUCCAGUGAGGACGAUGACAUGGAGAGCCCCUUCCCCAACGACCUGUCACUCCAACAGGCUUUCUCAGACUAUCAGAUCCAACAGAUGACUGCCAGCUUUGUGGAUCAGUUUGGCUUCAACGACGAGGAGUUUAGCGAACAUGAUGAAAAUAUCAAUGCUACGUUUGACAGAAUCGCCGAAAUAAACUUCAAUCUAGAUGCUGAUGAUAACAGUGCCAACGCAGCUGCAUUUGAAGCCUGCUGCAAAGAGAGGAUACGCCAGUUUGAUGAUGCUGAAGAGGAGGAGGAUAUCUGGGACGAUAAGGAGAUCAACUAUGCAACACAAGCUAAAUCCAGAACAAGGUUCGGGGUCUCUCAAACCUCAGAGGGAAGCUCCAGGAGCAGCAUGGAAAACGGAGGUCGGGAGCGGGACCGUGCAUCUGAAUCGGAUGAGGACGAAGACUCUGAGCAGAACACGUCAGAUUCGGGUCCUGGCUGGACAGCAAAUUUCAGGGAUUCUGGAGAGAGCGCAGCAUCCCAAACCUCCCCCGGGUGGGAGAGCUCAGCAGGGAGCGCGACCGAGACACAGCAGACUGGCUGGGCUAACUUCACUGAGUUCCAGCCUUUCUCUGGUACAAAGACAGAUCCCAGGUGCAGCUCUCCUGUGGAAACGGGCAGCAGUGAUGUGGAUAAACAAGCCAAACAAAACCACGAGAAGAGCGCAGAUGUUAGUACCUCCCCUGGUCCAGCAGGAGAAGGGAGAAAGGCUCCACUCGUGGCCUCAGACAGCAGCUCCUCCGGCGGCUCUGACAGCGAGGAGGAUGACAAAAAUGCUGGUGCUCCUCCCACCUUAGAAACAGCCAGUGCCCCGGGCAACAAGACGGCGGACCUCAAAAGUGAGGAGUGUCCGGUGUCUCUGGAGAAGCUCUCCCUGUCGGAUCCUCCUACAGCUUCAGAGCAGCAGCCUGCUGAGGAUCUACCUGUAAACACGCAGACUGACAGGAAAGAGGAAACGCCACCGCCCCAGGAAGUGUCGGUCAACGGGCCCGUGUGAGCGCGAUGGGCGCCGCAGCCCCUGAGAGACGCAGACUGUCAGCCUCCUCCAGAGUGACUCCCCUAAAUAACCUCACUGCAACUACGGUGUUUUUACUGAAUCACUCUGCCAUGUUAUUGGACCUGGACACUGCCAAUCGACACCAAUAACGAGGCGGCAGGACAUGUAAAAAACAACCCCCCACACAAAAAAAGAAAAAGCGAGACGGAGCAGAGUGCAGAGGAAUCUUCUUCAAAGCCUUUUCCUGAUGUUGCACAUGAUCCCGUGCAGUUUUAAUGUAGCAGCGAUCUUUGAAACGACAGAGUCCGAGGGGUAACAUCGUCACCGCUAUUUUUUUAUGUCCUCAAACAUUACUCUCCCGCUUCCCACCCUUUGGGAUUUUACAUGGGCACCCCGAAUGGAUAGCACAGGCCAACUCUAAAUGAUGCCUCAACAAUAAAUACGUUGUUUUUCCUUCAAGCUUAAGAAAAAGCACUUAUGCAGCCAUUUACUGUACAUUAUAGCACAAUGAUGUAAGUGUUGUACCUUCAUCUCUGCUGGUUGUCUCCUCUGUCCUCACAUCAAGGUUUUAUCCAGUGUUUGGGUUUUUUUGGUUUUGGUCGCUGUUGAUGAAACAUCCUCACCAUCGUACGUCACCAGGUUUCUGAAUGUUUUGAAGUGCUUCAGGACGCUCUGUUGAAGAGGAGGAGAAGCGGGUCAAUGAACAGAGCUCUAAUAGUAUUACUGUCUUUUGCUCAUGUGCAAUAAUGUCAAUUAGCCAUUUUAUUUAAAAAGAAAAAAUCUGGCAUCAGAGACUCAUUGGGUAGUUUCAGAUUUGGAUAUGAUCUCAAUUUUCUCUUCUUUUACUUUAGUGCAUGUAUAACCGGUUCUCUGUUGACCUAGCUAGUGAGCUAAGACCUUCUGAUUGUAUUGACCUUUACGUUCUUGCUAUCCCCCUUAAAUCAACCAAACUUUAUCUACCUAUAUACAAAUAUUAUCUACAUUUAUAAGUAAUUUUACAAGCAACCUUGAGAUUACUAUUUUUGUCUGUUCCUUUUCUCUCUUUCCACCAAGCACUUACUCACAGGGGGAGAGUGACAUUUGGUAAGAGUGACGCUGUAUGCCCCCCACCCCCCUUUUAUUAUUAUUAUUAUUAAUAAUUUUUUUAAGGUUAAUUUUAUUUUGUUUCUGAGCAGCAGAAUUGGAGGGAGAGCAGGUCUGAGUUCUGCAGAGCUACAGACCUCUUUGGUGUACUUAAAUCAUUUGACAGCGAUCAGGUUCUAUGAUUAUUGUUAAAAAAUUCAAAUUAAAAGUGUCUGGCUGACCACAUUAAUACCAAA